UAUACCAACGCCUUCAUAGCAACAAAGAUGGUUGCUCAAAAUAAUUAAAACACGAAAAAAAUAUAAUUAAGUGAUCCGCAUGUAAUCAUAAGAUUAUCAAUAUGAUUAUGCUCAUAUGAUGGUAUGCGUGUGUGUGUGUGUGUUAUUAGCCCCUUCGCAUGAAUGGUAAUUUCCGAAGAUUCCUACUGCCGGCAGCGGUCUAAGCUGUAUGGGUGAAAUGACGAAAAGAAGAUGAAACAAAAUAGGAAAACAAUACGCAAAGGUAGUAGAGAAAUCUUAAAUCUUUAUCAUGUAAGCAGCAAUGGCCGGUAACGAAAGAGAUCUUUAGAUCUCUUUAAUAAAGUACAGUGAAGGUCCGAAACCAUAGCAAUUGUUAAUUUUUUUGUUGGGUGUCUGUCUGCUGCGAGAUUGACGAUGAUGAAUUUCAACUUCUUUUGGGAUGAAUAUAAAUAGUUUGUUUGGCCGUUGUAAGAUCAGUACAAGCUCAACAGGAAAGCGUAAAACAACAGUUUUAAAGAAACAACAGCUUCAACUGCUAUUUUUGUAAAUCUCAAGCCUAGAAAUGCGUGGAUUCAUUGUUAUGUGUUUGUGUGCCGUUGCCUUGGCCGCUCCUCAGGGUUACAACUAUAACGCCCAAGGUGCUGGCGGUAGCGCUGUAUUCCAGCAACAUGGUAAUUUCGGUUCAAACUUUGGAGGCUCUGCUGUUGGCUCCUCCUCCGCUGGUUUCUUCCAAGGUGGCCAUGCUGUGGCCCAGCAAUCUCAAUCCUUUGGUGGUCAUCAGCAAGUACAACAACAUCACCAACAACAGCCACAGGCUAUUGUAUCGAAACGUUUCUUCAUCCACUCUGCUCCCGAGGAUGUUGAAGAAGACCAGCAAGAGAAGCACAUCACCGUUGGUGUACCCAAAAAGAACUACAACGUAGUGUUCAUUAAAUCACCAUCCAAAUCCAGCAAGAAGACUUCCAUUAAGAUUAGUCCCGCUCCAACUGAAGAGAAGACCGUCAUUUAUGUGCUCAACAAGAAAACCGAUGCCUCCGAUGUUCAAGCCGAAGUUGUCGAACAUCCCACCACAACAGCCAAACCAGAGGUAUUCUUCAUCAAAUACAAGACCAAUGAGGAAGCUGCCCAUGCCCAGGAACAAAUUCAGGCUCAAUAUGAUGCUUUGGGUGGUAGCUCUCAGGUCAGUGAUGAAGGUGUGGCCCCCGUUACCUCUGUCAUUGGUGCCUUGGGCAAUGCUGCUGCCGCUGCUGGUGGUGAUAUUAAUGCCGGUGCACAUGCUGGUGGCGUUGCCCUUGGCGGUGUUCAGUCAGCUGGAGGCAACUUUGCUGGUGUUUCUGCUGGUCAUGCUGGUGUCCAACAACAAACAAAUGGCAAUGCCUAUUUACCACCAAAUUUCUACUAAAUUUCAAAUUUAGUUAGUUGAAUUGUUGUAGUCUGUUUUUUGUUAAUUCUACGACUACAUGUUGUUACUGUUGUUUUUAUUAUUUUGUUAAUAGUGCCUGUUUAGAAAAAAAUCAAAUAUUUUUUGUUAAAAAUACAUCAAGCAAUUUAAUUUUGAAAAA